AUGAAGGUCGGGAACCGGACUGUGGAGUCAAAGUCCAUUCGCGCCAUCACACUGAAUGGGGCAUCUAUCUAUGAUGUGAGUUCCUGCGGAGACUCAGUGUGCACCGUGACUGGCUCCACCCUCAUCGAUUUCCACGCCGAGGUCCCCUCGGUGGAGGAUCGCUGUGAAUACGUUCUGAUGACGCCUGCAGAAGGAGGACUUGGUGUGGUUCUCAUCGGGGGGUUCCGUGAGCGACGCCGUACAGAUGUGUCCUUCUUGGACUACUUGAUAAUAAGUCAGACAGCUGGAGACAUUCAUCUGGAACAAGGUGGAAGAGUGCGGGUUGGUGACCAGAUCCUGGAUCUCAACACCACGACUCAGCGAUUCUACGGCGUGGAGCUCUCCAAGGACCAGACUGGAGUGACCGCCAAACUGCCCAACUCCAAAAUGACGGUCGUGUUUGAUGGCAACACGGCACACGUGUCAGGACUAAAGGUUUCCUUAGAGGGUUUGUGUGGUAACCCCACUAAUAAAAUCCGGACCACCACCUUCAGUGCUGAUCGGAUCCCAUCGGCUGGCUGCGACACUCUGCACACCGACACCAUCGACAGUUCCAUCAACUGCAGCCGCUCAGCUGACCGCUGUGAGCUCCUGAAUAAGCCCCCCUUCGAUGCUUGUCACCAACACAUCGACACGGACGCCUACGUGGCCGCCUGCAACAACACUUUGUGCGUCUACCCGGCGGUGGACGGUCUCCACUGCCAGUUUCUGGAGGCCUACGCCGAGUCCUGCAGCCUGAAGGAGGUCCCACUGGGGGACUGGAGGACAACGGUCCAAUGCCCUGCUGUCCCUCAGGUAUCCUGUCUGGACCAGUACUGCAGUGAGCACGAGUUCUGUGGAGAUCGGCUCGGUGAAGCCAGCUGCUUCUGUCGGGCCUUGUUUGCCUCCAAGUUCAACCCGACCAACACUUUAGGCGAGCCGACAGUCUGCACGCAGAACUCUGCCACUCUGACUCUGGCUGAAUGUCUGCUGCAGGACCGACGCAUCAACUCCUCCGUCCUCCACCUCAAUGACCCCGAAUGCAAAGGCCAUCUGGACCCACAAACCCACAUGGUGGAGUUCAGCUUCGACAGCGGCCACACCUGUGGGGCCGAGAUUUCGGAAAACAACACCCAAAUCCUCUACAAGAACACCAUCAUGACGAGGAACGCCUCUCAGAACGGCAUCAUCACCCACCAAGACCAAGUACAGAUCGACUUCUCCUGCUUCUACACAAAGCCGGAGGUCCAGAGUCUGUCCUUCAGGAUUAAAGACAGCUCUGUGGUACUGCAGGUCGUAUCCGGACCUUGGAACUACACCCUGACGAUGGCCGCCUACACCGACGGAGGACUCCAGAACCUCGUGGAGUCGAGCAGCGAGCUCCAGCUGAACCAGAAGGUGUGGCUGCAGCUGAAGACGGACGGGCUGGACGGCGACGCGGUCGCCAUAGUGACCGACUCCUGCUGGGCCACCACCCAGCCGUCCACCGACAGCAGCCCGCGAUACGACCUCGUCAUCGCAGGAUGCCCCAGCAAAGCCGACCAGACAGUGAGGGUGGAGGGAAACGGACUGGGAACCUCCAACGUCUUCUCUUUCAACGUGUUCCAGUUCUCUGGAGAAACAUCUGCCAUCUACCUGCACUGCAAAGUGGAGCUGUGCCCCAAAGAGGGAACAACCUGUGCUCCGGUAAGCAGGAGCAGAGAAGAGGCUGCUUUACCCAUCAGUGAUGAUCCUGUGUGGUUCCUCUCCUGGUGAAGGAGCAUCAUCCCUCAUGCAUUAAUAUGUCAGCAGCUUUGUUACUGGAG